AUGGUGCAGUUGGGCAUCUGUGCCUUCUGCCAGGACCUAAUCAAGGAUGCACACAAUGCCCUCCUGGACAUUCAGUCUAGUGGCCAUGUUAAGGGGCUUCUGAGGCAGGGUCUACUACUCCAGGAACCUACAAGAGAGGCACCAGAGCAGGAAAAGAAAAAUCCAAGAAAGUCCAUUUUUUCACCUUCACUAAUCUAUGGCUCCAUUAACAAGGACGUGUUGCAUGAUAUGUUCCAUCUGAAUCUGCCCACUGUUCAUUCCAUACUGAUCAUCAGUGAGGAGCUCAUGGCCUCUCUGGCUCAGCCAGCACAGAUAGUGGUGAUGCUUGGCACAGAGCCCACAUCCCAGCAGAACCUGGCCCUGCAGCUGGCAGCAAAGCUGAGUCACUUGGUGGAAGACAAUGGGCAUGUCUUUGAUCAUAAGCAGAGAAUCGAUGGAGGCUAUUUUAGAGACCAGAAAGAUGGCUACCAAAGAAACAAGGGAGGUUCCAGGCAUCAGGGAGGCUCCCACCAGCAGCAGUCACAGAUUUCCUACUGA